AUGAUCGUGCAGCAGCCGCACCGUUGCAUGCUUCUGCACAGUGUGGACGACGCGCUUCUGGUUGACGCUUGCUGUGGCGACCUCAUCUCGCAAAACAACUCGCUUGCCACAGACAUGGAGCGGACCACUGCACCCGAAGCUGCUCUUGCUAUGCUGAUUCAGGAACCGUCCCCGUCUGUCAUUGUGGAUACCGACGGUGAUCCCACGCGCCUGCGGCGGGUCUGGGAGCGUGUCAUUGAUGACCUCCCGUACAGCCAGAAGGCGUUGUUCGUGACGGGCGUGGAGCAGUUGACUGUUUGGUAUGCUGAGAGCACAACUCCGCAAAAGACUGCCGUGGUGUGCGGGCUUCUCGACGCUUGA